GCUUCCGAGAGAGGAUCAUGGCAGCUCGGAGUGGUCAGAGAGCGCUGGUGAGGGUGGUCUCGGGAUGCCGGCCGAAGUCGACGACCGUGGGCGAAGCCCCGCGCCACGUCAGAUAUUUAGCUUCCUGCGGUAUACUGAUGAGCAGAACCCUUCCACUGCAUUCCUCGGUUUUGCCUAAAGAGAUAAAUGCAAGAACUUUCUUCAAAAUCACAGCACCAUUAACAAACAAAAGAAAAGAAUAUUCAGAGAGAAGAAUUAUAGGGUAUUCAAUGCAGGAAAUGUAUGAUGUAGUAUCAGGAAUGGAGGACUACAAGCAUUUUGUUCCUUGGUGCAAAAAAUCUGACAUACUAUCAAGGAGAUCUGGAUAUUGUAAAACACAAUUACAGAUUGGGUUUCCACCUGUUUUGGAGCAAUAUACAUCUGUAGUAACCUUGGUAAAACCACAUUUGGUAAAGGCAUCAUGCACUGAUGGGAAACUUUUCAAUCACUUGGAGACUAUUUGGCGUUUUAGCCCAGGUCUUCCUGGCUACCCAAGAACUUGUACCUUGGAUUUUUCAAUUUCUUUUGAAUUCCGCUCACUUCUGCACUCUCAGCUGGCUACACUGUUUUUCGAUGAAGUGGUAAAGCAGAUGGUAGCGGCCUUUGAAAGAAGAGCAUGUAAGCUAUACGGUCCAGAAACAAGCAUACCUCGGGAGUUAAUGUUUCACGAAGUUCAUCACACAUAAAGGAAGAACUGCAGUCACCACCCUUUGACUUGGGUUUACUCACUUUUAGGAGGUGCUUUCAUGGUUCAUUUUUAGAAGUCAGAAAGCACUUGUUAAACCCAGCUUUGAUUAUUAACCUGCUGUGUUGAAACUUUGCACAUAGAAUAUGGACCCAUUUGUAUAUAGAAUUAUUUCUUCAAUCAAGUGUAAUUCAAAGCAUGUGUGUAUUAGCAGGUUCCGCCUUAAUAAUGGGAUGUCAUCUUUAUUGCUAGAAUUCUAUACCACUCUUUGAAGAGCACGGGUUGGAACUGUAAUUUAAACCUUUAUCACUUAACUUGAAGUUAGCUGAGAUAGUCCCACGAUGUGUUAUUUUAGCCAUAUCAUGUUUAAGUUAUUAAGCUCAGAGUAUUUGUAACUUAUUGUUUUAGGGCCUUCCACAUGUCUUAGAAUAUUUCAGUAAUCACAUAUUUAACAUUAACACAUUGAAAGUACUGUUAAUGAAGGUUUCCUGGCACUUUUGAUAUUUUCAAGUUGUUCUUGUGGAUAGUAGUAGGUAAUUCAGUGCUGGAGUGAGGUUACCUCGUAGAUACAUUGAAUGGUUUACUUUUGUUGUUUUUCUAAUAAGUGGUCCAGAGCUUUAAGCUAUGUUUCCAGCCAUUACAACCUUCUCCCAGGUGCAUUACCUACUCUUAAUAAUGCUGAUGACAUGUCAAAUCUUGGCUACCACAGUAGGCAGCAGAUCAAGUCUUUAGCAAUAUGCCUCCCUAUUUUCUAUUUAUUGUAUAUAUUCACUUUCAAUAAUAUAUUCUUGACUGAUAUUUUUUUAAAAACAAAUCAAUGUAAGGGCUGAAGUAGUAACUUUAAAUAAAGUUAAUUUGUUUA